AUGGCCACAGACGUCCCUGUCCCCGUCUUGCUCGUUCUGCUCGCCGCCCCAGAGGCUUUUCUCUUGAAAUACCUGGUUGCGGAACCGAACAUCACCACCGCCAUCCCAGUCCUGCUUGCUUUCAACUGUUCCGUCUGGAUUUUCUGGUUGGUCAUCGUGUAUCCCGUCUUCUUCAGCCCUUUGCGCCAUCUCCCAGAGCCCAAGAGCGGAUAUCCCCACUACGCGCGCUGGCUGGUUCUUACCGACAAGUUCGUCGCAACAGAGUACCUCAGGUGGAUCAAAGAGGUUCCCAACAACGGUCUCAUCAGAUACCGCGGCCUCUUCAACGCCGAGACUCUUAUUCCAACCGACCCGCAGGCGUACGCCGACAUCCUGGUGCACAGCCCCUACGACUUCGCCAAGCCGGAAAAGCUGCGAACCUUCCUCCGUCGCUUUAUAGGUGAUGGCCUGAUCAACACCGAGGGAGAAGAGCACAAGUUCCAGCGUAAAGUCAUUACGCCGUCCUUCAGCUUUCGCCAGAUAAAGGAGCUCUAUCCCACCUUCUGGUCAAAGUCCGUCGAGCUCACCCAAAGGAUUGCCGCCGAACUUCCCGACUGUCCGGAAUAUGACGCUAAGACUGGCGAGGGUAUCGUCGAUAUCAGCCACUGGUCCACGAAAGUUACCCUCGACAUCAUCGGUCUCGCGGGUUUGGGCCGAGCCUUCAAUUCGUUGCACAACCACGACGACCCGCUAGUGGCGCUUUACGAUGAGAUCCUGGAGCCGACGACGGAAAAGAGGAUCCUCUGCCUCUUGUAUCUGUACUUCCCGGACCGGCUGCUCCGCCUCGUGCCCUGGGAAGCCAACCGUCGUCUAAACCUCAACACCGAACGACUGAGGGAGGCGAGUCUGAAGCUGAUGCAAGAGAAGAAGCAAAAAUUCACGCCCGACGGCGAAGAGCAAAACGACAUCCUAUCAGGCCUGCUCCGCACCAACAUGUUCAACGAAAAAACCCUCAUCGACCAGCUCCUCACCAUCCUGGCCGCCGGCCACGAAUCCACCGCCACAACCUUCACCUGGGCCUGCUACCUCCUCGCACUCCACCCAACCGAGCAAUCGCGCCUACGCGCCGAGCUCCGCGCCGCCGACCUACCGCCAACAUUGUCCGCCAGCCCCUCGACGACGACGACGACGACGACGACGCUCGACGCGACGCUCGAAGCACUACCGUACCUCAACGCCGUAUGCAACGAAGUCUCACGGCUGUACCCGGCCGUCCCCAUCGUGGCGCGGACGGCGGUGCGCGACACGCAAGUCGCCGGCACGCACGUACCCGCCGGCACGAUGCUGAACCUGGUGCCGUGGGCGGUCAACCGCAACCCGGCGCUGUGGGGCGCCGACGCGGGCGACUUCGUGCCGGAGCGGUGGCUGGAGCAGACGGACGACGGCCGGCUGCGGGCGAACAACCAUGGCGGGGCCGCGGGCGGGAACUACGCCCAGAUGACGUUUUUUCAUGGGCCGAGGAGCUGCGUGGGGCAGAGGUUUUCCAUGGCCGAGUUGAGGUGUUUGGUUGCGGCGUUUACUGGGCGGUUCGAGUGGGUGUUGGGGAUGCCUGAGGAGGACGUCGUGCCGGGUGGGUUCGUGACGGUGAAGCCGAAGGGGGGGAUGAGGCUGAAGGUCAAGAUGGCGGCGUAG